AUGAUGGCUGAUGGAGAAUUUUUAAGGACGAGCUGUGGGUCUCCCAAUUACGCUGCGCCAGAAGUAAUUUCAGGAAGGCUCUAUGCUGGCCCAGAAGUAGACAUAUGGAGUAGUGGUGUCAUUCUUUAUGCCUUGCUAUGUGGGACUCUUCCAUUUGAUGAUGACCAUGUGCCAACCCUGUUCAAGAAGAUCUGUGAUGGCAUUUUCUACACUCCUCAGUAUCUGAACCCCUCUGUGAUCAGCCUUCUCAAGCACAUGCUUCAAGUGGAUCCCAUGAAAAGGGCUACCAUAAAGGACAUCAGAGAGCAUGAAUGGUUUUAAACUGGACCUCCCAAAGUAUCUGUUUCCAGAGGACCAAACCUACAGUUCUAACAUGAUUGAUGAUGAAGCCUUAAAGGAAGUGUGUGAUAAGUGUGAGUGUACGGAGGAGGAGGUGCUCAGCUGCUUGUACAGCCGCAAUCACCAGGACCCAUUGGCUGUAGCUUAUCACCUGAUCAUAGACAACCGACGAAUUAUGAAUGAGGCCAAAGAUUUCUAUUUGGCAACAAGCCCACCAGAUUCAUAUGUAGAGGAGCCUCAUGUACCCCGGCCCCAUCCAGAGAGAGUGCCCUUCUUGGUUGCAGAGUCCCCCCGUCAGAGACACACACUUGAUGAGCUGAACCCACAAAAAUCAAAACACCAAGUCGGGGUGAGAAGAGCAAAAUGGCACCUAGGGAUUAGAAGUCAAAGCCGACCAAAUGACAUCAUGGCGGAAGUAUGCCGAGCAAUGAAGCAGCUGGACUAUGAGUGGAAGGUUGUGAAUCCAUACUACCUCCGUGUUAGGAGAAAAAAUCCAGUAACCAGUAUGUACACAAAAAUGAGCCUGCAGCUAUACCAAGUGGACAGCCGGACAUACCUACUGGAUUUCCGCAGCAUAGAUGAUGAAGUUAGCGAUGCCAAAUCUGAAAAUACCACACCAAGACGGUCGGGGUCUGUUGGCAAUUACCGCCCACCUCAGAAAAGUGACUCUGAUGCCGAAGCCCCAGCAAAAUCAUCCAAUGGUUCUGUCCCUUCUUCACUGACCUCAUCUGCAGACUCCUCCAACACUGACCUGGUCCCUCGACCAGGAAGCCAUACUAUAGAGUUCUUUGAAAUGUGU